AUGGCACCGUUUGAGGCCGUGUAUGGCCGAUCUUGUAGAUCACCAAUUUGUUGGGCUGAGGUGGGGGAUGCACCGUUAGGUUUGAAGAUAGUUAGGGAGACAACCGAGAAAGUUGCUCUCAUUCGGAAGUGGUUAGCUACGACCCAAAGCCGACAGAAACGUUAUGCCGAUAAGAGGAGACGACCUUUGUCUUUCGAAGUGGGUGACCUUGUAUUCCUUAAGAUCUCAACUAGACGGGGUUUGAUGAGAUUCGGUAAGUGUGAUAAGUUGUCUUCGAGGUUUAUUGGGUAUUUUGAGAUAUUAGAGAGAAUUGGGGAAGUGGGGUAUCGGUUGGCCUUACCGCCACAACUAUCGGGGGUUCACAAUGUGUUUCAUGUGUCUAUGCUUAGGAAGUAUGAGCCUGAUCCUUCUUGUGUGCUUGAUUGGGUCAAUUUGGAGGUAGAUGAAGAUGCCUCUUACGAAGAGCGACCGAUUCAAAUAAUAGAUACCCGGGAGCAAGUACUACGGGGGAAAACUAUACCGUUAGUAAAGGUGUUAUGGAGACAACAUGGGAUCGAGGAAGUAACGUGGGAACGAGAGGCGGAAGUCCCCUUCAAGUAUCCAGAUUUAUUUGAGAAUGCUUAA